GUCCGGUUAUAAAUAGGCAUAUAUGUACCUUAUCAUUAGCCAUAUUAAACCAAAUGGGCAUCUCGACUGAAUGGCCUCUUAUAGCAGCACUAGUCCUCCUCAUUUUGUCCAUUUUUGUAUACCCCAAAAGAUUGUCCAAGGCUUAUAAGCUUCCCCCAAGCCCUCCAAAGCUUCCCAUACUCGGAAACUUGCACCAACUGCUCGGUAAACCUCGUCACGAGGCACUUUGGCAACUUUCAAAACAAUAUGGCCCCCUUAUGCAACUCCAUAUUGGUUCAAAACACUUCCUUAUCAUAUCUUCUCCUGAAAUGGCCAAACAAGUCUUGAAAACUCAAGAUCACAUCUUUUGUUCCCGCCCGAAGUCUCGUGCGGCCCAACGGCUAACAUACAACUAUCUGGACAUCGCCUUCUCGCCUUACAGCGGUCACUGGAAAGAGAUGCGCAAGCUUAUGGUGUCUGAGUUCUUGGGUCCCAAGAGAGCUAAACUCUCUAAUCAUGUGUUGGUGACAGAGAUGGAGAGCAUUAUCAAUUCCCUAUCACCAAACACAGAGGUAAACCUAAGCAAUAUAUUUUCAGAAAUGCUAGAGCAUAUAUUAUGCAAGGUGGCGUUUGGUAACAACUAUAGAGGAGAACCACAGAUGGGUCCGUCAUUGAAAGUCAUGCUUAGUGAAACUAGCGAAUUAAUAAACGGAGGUGUUGGUGACAUUUUUCCAGUUUUGGGUUUUUUUGUUGACCACUUAAGUGGAUGGAACCGUAGGUUGAAUGAUCUCUUUAAAAAUCUUGAUGUCUACAUCGACAAAAUCGUUGAUGACCAUCUUAAAGAUAACGUUGAAGAAAUAAGUGAGGAGGACAAAGAUUUUGUCCAUACUUUACUUGAGAUGUCUUCCAAAGAAAAUGCUUCUGGCUAUCGCCCAAAUCUUGCAGAUGUAAAAGCUCUUGUGAUGAACAUAAUUCAUGCGGGGAUCGAUACAAAUGCCACGGCGUUGACAUGGGCUAUGUCCGAGAUCAUUAGAAAUCCUAGAGUGAUGCGGAAAUUGCAAAACGAAAUCCGAAAUUGCACAGGAAGAAUACAAAAGGUAGAAGAAAUGAACACCACAAAAAUGACAUACUUGAAAAUGGUGGUGAAAGAGACACUAAGAUUGCACCCGCCUGCCCCAUUGUUGGUUCCACAUGAAAGCUUAAGCCAUACUCAAAUUGAUGGCUAUGACAUAUUGCCUAAUACACCCGUUAUAAUCAACGCUUGGGGGAUAGCAAGAGACCCAAGCAAUUGGGGGGAGAAUGCGGCCGAGUUCUAUCCAGAUAGGUUUGAAAACGUUGGUGGUGAUUUUGGAGCGGAUGGGUUUGAAAUGCUCCCGUUUGGAGGGGGGCGAAGGUCUUGUCCAGCCAAGAAAACUGCUCCGUUAAAUGUAGAGUUUGUGAUUGCAAACCUUCUUUACUGGUUUGAUUGGGAACCGGCUAGCGGAACCAAGUGUGAAGACUUGAACAUGGAAGACUUUGGUACAAUCGUUCUUGGAAAGAAAGUUCCCCUUUGCCUUGUACCCACAAAGCAUAAGUGGAAGAAUUAAUGGAGCCUAAAAAAUUAAAUAAAGUACCAACAUACAUGCAGGUUAAUUUGUAUCGAUUUUUUAAACGUGUUGGGUUUUCUGUAUGUUAGUCUUUAUAUUUCCAUGUAGUCACCGUAACAUGUAUUCAUAUAAUUAUCCACAUAUUUUACUUGAUUCUA